UCAAGCAUCAUGGCAGCACUCGCACGCAGAGAGUUUAUUAUCCACCUGUCGGGGACGGGAAAGAGCAGUUUCCUGCAGCACCGUGCUGUCGGUCUCGGAUGGAGUCAUCAGAGGUUAUUUUCAAAAGGUUUUCCUGGACUACAGGCCUAUAUACGACCCCUUCCUCUUCUUUUAGCUACAGGUGGGGGUUAUGUAGGAUAUGAUCAAUAUGGGCGAUACAAAGAUCGGCAGCUGGAGAAGCUUGGCAUUGAAGUGCCACCACGGAUUGCCAGUGAAAUUCAGGUUACAAUCUACAAGUCCAUACCCACAAGACUUCUCUCCAGAGCCUGGGGUCGCUUGAACCAGGUGGACCUGCCAACUUGGUUACGGAAACCUAUCUUCAGAUUGUAUAUAUGGACGUUUGGAGUCAACAUGAAAGAAGCGGCCAUAGAGGAUCUACAGCACUACAGAAACCUGGGCGAGUUUUUUAGGCGAAAACUCAAACCUCAGGUCCGGCCAGUGUGCGACUCUCACUGCGUGAUCAGUCCAGCUGAUGGCAAGAUCCUUCAUUUUGGCCGUGUGAAGAACUGUGAGGUCGAGCAGGUGAAGGGAGUGACCUACUCACUGGAGACGUUUCUCGGGCCGCGCAACUGGACCGAGAAUUUAUCUGCUAACAGAAAUGAGGAUGAUCCUGGCACGUACCAGGAUACCCUGGUCACUAAAGAGGGGAAUGAGUUGUUUCACUGUGUAGUUUAUCUGGCUCCAGGUGACUACCACUGCUUCCACUCGCCUACAGACUGGAGGGUGGCACACAGACGCCACUUCCCAGGUUCUCUGAUGUCAGUAAACCCAGGAGUUGCGCGUUGGAUCAAGGAACUUUUCUGCCAUAAUGAGCGGGUGGUCUUGAGUGGGGAGUGGACGCACGGUUUCUUUUCACUCACGGCUGUAGGAGCAACAAAUGUGGGAUCUAUACGCAUCUAUUUUGACAAGGAGCUCCGCACCAACAACCCUCGAUACAGCAAAGGAACUUACAAUGACUUCAGCUAUGUAACAAACAACAACCGGGAAGGCAUCAGCAUGAGAAAAGGAGAACACCUGGGCGAAUUCAAUUUGGGCUCUACUAUUGUACUUUUAUUCGAAGCUCCACGGGAUUUUACCUUUAAUUUGAAAGCAGGCCAGAAGAUCCGUUUUGGAGAACCUCUUGGGACAAUGUAACGCCUAGGAGAGGGAACAGAAUCUGAUGAUGGACACGCUAAUCUGUGUGCAGAUGCAUUCAGGGUCUCAAAAACUAAUACACUCACAUUUGCAGAGAUGUACUCUGUUUAAACUGAGAUACAUGUGUGUUCAUAUGUACUCAAUCAACCACCACUGUUGCAUUAUUGCCAUUGGGUUCUCACAGUCGUUUUGUUAGGGUACGUAGGGGUAUUUUUUUGUUUUUGUUGUAAAAUAAGCAAAGCUUAGACCAUCACGUAAAGUAUUUGUUUACCAUGAAAUGCCAUCCAGAUUUUUUGGCUCUAAAUUAUUUUUCUAUUUUGUUUUAGUAAAACGAUUGUUUUGUUUUUGUGUUUGCCCGUAUUGCCUUUGGCUUGAGUCAACCUGUGUGAAGGAUUUGAAGAGUUCAGGACUUCCACAGCUAACUCUGCAAGCAUUGGGAAUAUAUUGGCGCUUUUCCACUGCAUGGUACGGCACGGUUCGGUACGGUUCACUUUUGGGGGGUUUU